UCCUGCUGGGCCCGGCCGCGCUCUGCACGCCCCGCGGCACCGGGCGGCCCCGCUGGGACCCCCUCAGGAGCCCCCCUCAAGCGGGGCCACGCACGGAUUUCCCGGGGUUUUGUCCCUCGAAGGAGUUCGAGAGGGCGGCCCCGGGCUGCCCCCGGCGGGGAUGGAUUGGGGAAAGAUAAUCCGCGUGCAGUCGCCAGAUGGAGUGAAGCGCAUCACAGCCACGAAGAGAGAAACAGUGUCGACGUUCCUCAAGAAGGUUGCAAAAGAAUUUGGUUUCAGGAAUAAUGGCUUUUCUGUCUACACCAAUAGAAACCGGACAGGAGAGAUCACAGCGUCACAAAACAAAUCCCUCAACCUACUGAAAAUCAAGCAUGGCGAUAUGCUGUUUCUCUACCCCUCGAGCCCAGCUGGCUCCUCCUCCUCCUCGGAGACCAUGGACACCUCUGUCUCCCAGGGCUUGCGGCCUGUGGGAGCCCCGCAGGUGGUGGAAGAUGAGAUUGACCAGUAUCUAAUCAAACAGGACGGAAAGAUUUACCGAAAUAGAGACCCACAGCUAUGCCGCCACGGCCCCUUGGGUAAAUGCGUGCAUUGUGUCCCGCUGGAGCCUUUUGAUGAGGAUUAUUUAAACCACCUGGAACCUCCUGUGAAGCACAUGUCCUUCCAUGCCUACAUCAGGAAGCUGACCGGAGGGGCAGACAAGGGGAAAUUUGUUGCCCUGGAAAACAUCAGCUGCAAGAUCAAAUCGGGCUGUGAAGGGCACCCUCCUUGGCCAGAAGGCAUUUGCACAAAGUGUCAGCCAAGUGCCAUCACUCUCAAUAGGCAGAAAUACAGGCAUGUUGACAACAUCAUGUUUGAGAACCACACAAUUGCAGAUCGCUUCCUAGACUUCUGGCGGAAGACAGGAAACCAACAUCUUGGGUAUCUGUAUGGCCGGUACACAGAGCACAAAGACAUCCCUCUCGGGAUCCGGGCAGAGGUUGCUGCCAUCUAUGAACCCCCACAGAUUGGUACACAAAAUAGCCUGGAGAUCCUGGAAGAUCCAAAAGCCGAGGUUGUGGAUGAGAUCGCUGCAAAGCUUGGACUGAGAAAGGUUGGCUGGAUAUUCACUGAUCUGGUCUCUGAAGACACGCGGAAAGGGACUGUUCGAUACAGCAGAAACAAGGACACGUAUUAUCUAAGCGCAGAAGAGUGCAUCACAGCUGGAAACUUUCAGAACCAGCAGCCCAACAUCUGUCGCCUAUCUCCAGAUGGUCAUUUUGGAUCCAAGUUUGUCACAGUUGUGGCUACAGGUGGUCCCGACAACCAGGUCCACUUUGAGGGGUACCAGGUCUCAAAUCAGUGCAUGGCGCUGGUUCGAGAUGAGUGUUUGCUGCCCUGCCGAGAUGCGCCGGAGCUGGGCUACGCCAAGGAGUCCAGCAGUGAGCAGUAUGUGCCUGAUGUGUUCUAUAAGGACAUAGACAAGUUUGGCAAUGAGAUCACACAGCUGGCUCGCCCACUCCCGGUUGAGUACCUCAUCAUAGAUAUUACUACAACUUUUCCGAAGGAUCCAGUCUACACGUUUUCUAUUUCUCAAAAUCCAUUCCCCAUCGAGAACCGUGAUGUGCUGGGGGAAACUCAGGACUUCCACAGCUUGGCCACAUACCUGUCCCAAACUACUUCCUCCGUUUUCCUAGACAUCAUUUCCGAUUUCCAUCUGCUACUCUUCCUGGUCACGAACGAAGUCAUGCCCCUGCGGGACAGCAUCAGCUUGUUGCUGGAAGCUGUGAGGACCAAGAAUGAGGAGCUCGCACAGACCUGGAAGAAAUCAGAGCAGUGGGCAACCAUCGAGCAGCUCUGCAGCACAGUCGGUGUCCAGAUCUCAGGACUGCAGGAGUACGGUGCCGUGGGCGGCUCGACGCAUGCGGUGUCGGCAGCCAUGUGGGCCUGCCAGCACUGCACCUUCAUGAACCAGCCAGGCACGGACCACUGCGAGAUGUGCAGCCUGCCCCGGACCUAGCCACACCGGCAGAAUCCAAUACAGAGCCAACCCUCGAGCAGCAGGAGUGGUGCUUGUCCCUUCCCCGUCCUCCCUUCCGCUUCCCUGGGGUGCGGAGCUGGGCAGGGGGUGGCUCCAGCCCUCCCCACUUAAUCCUUUUCAGGCUGCAGCAGGAGCUGGAAGCCCUGGCUUUACCUUGAUGCUGGCUCCCGGCCCGGGAAACCAAUGCUUCACCUCAGCCUUCGCUCUGCAGGGCCAGGCUGUGCCCCUGCUACCCCUAGCUUCCGUCUGGGUGAGCACGAGGGGCUUUGGGGGGGCUGUGGCCAGCCAGAACCCCCACCUCCCUGCCCAGAACAGCCUCCCAGCGGAGCGGAGGGGAGGGAGAGACUGUGGCACCUCCCUGCCUGCAGCUUUGCUCCCCUUUGCCUGCCCGCAUGGGUCGCUGCCACCAGCCUUGGGUGCCCGGGUACUGACAGCUUUCAUGCUAAACAGCACUGGCGGAGCGAGCAGACGACUGUUAGCAGCGCUGGGCCAGACGGCAGCUCCGCGUGCUGGCAGCGCUCCCGGUGCAGGACAGGCCCCCUUGGCACUGGGCAAGGGGUGGGCAUGUGCCAGCUCCCGGCUUGGCAUCAUUCCUGCAGCACACAGCGCCGCGAUUGCUCCCUCUCAUGUGGCAGAGCUGCUCCAGCACCUGGCUGGCGUGUGUCCGGCUGCCGGCUGGGCACAUCCUGCAUCCUGCCCGGUCACCACAGGGGCUGCAGGGGUGGUGUCACCCCCUGGAGAGCUGUUCAGCUCCUGGGGAAGCAGCAAAGCACUGCAGGCAGCAGCUCAUCCCCUCCUUUGGAGCGAGGCCAUGCAGGGAGAGCUGCCAAACUCGGGCACCUUUGGCAAAGGAGGGAGCUGGCCCUUGCGGCUGGCAUCUUCCCCCUGCCCGCAUCCCUUCCCAGCAUAUCCUCCUGGAGCUGGGAGUUAGGCCAUGGUCUUUUCCCUUUAAACCCCGGUUGGGGAGGGUGCAGGCAGAUGCUUGUGGUGCCCUGGGGAGCUCUGACCCCUUGCCCCGGUGCUGUAGGUUUGGGCCUUAGUUAAAUCCCAGGGACACCAGUUCUGGCACCGCUCCAUGUUCUCACGGGAGGGUGGCGUGAGGCCCUGUCCUGCGCCAGGACAGUGUUGCCCCUGCCUUUUUCAGCCAGGCAGGGACCUCCUGGCACCCUCACUGCUGCUGGUGUUGGUGAAACAGCCAAAGGCUUCAUCCCGCUGGCAUUGGCACAGCGGCUGCCCGGCCCUGCCGCAGGGCUCACAGGCUGCGGUUUGCUUUUCCCCUGGGUUUGUUGGUGUUUGGGG